UAAUAAACUUAUUAAAUAGAUCCUCACGUAAAUCAAAAUGGUGCGUAUGAAUGUGUUGGCCGAUGCCUGUAAUGCUAUCAACAAUGCUGGAAAGAGAGGAAAGCGUCAAGUUCUGAUAAGGCCAUGUAGUAAAGUAAUCAUCCGGUUCCUCAAACUUAUGCAGAAGUAUGGCUAUAUUGGAACUUUCGAGCACAUUGAUGACCACAGAGCUGGAAAAAUUAUUGUUCAGCUGAAUGGAAAGCUGAAUAAAUGCGGAUGUAUUUCACCGCGAUUUGAUGUUCAGGUUCCCGAUAUUGAGCAAUGGAGUGUACACUUGCUGCCUUCUCGACAGUUUGGCCACGUAAUUCUGACGACCUCAGCCGGUAUCAUGGAUCACAACGAAGCGAGGAAAAGGGGAGUGGGUGGAAAAAUUGUCGGAUUCUUCUUCUGAUUAAAGACCGAAUGGUUCUUCCCGAACUGCGUAACUCUUUUGUCACACCUUAAGAUGUAAUUCAGUUUUGGAAUUGAAGAUCGUUCAA